CUUACAUCUAUAUGGAAAAUCCGAAGAUUAACAAAAAGGUGCCGAGGGACGCUACAGUUGGGUUAGACGGAGAUUGCUUCGAAAUGAAGAUGCCUAACAUUGUUAAAAUUCAAUCAAAGCCAUUUGACCCCGCUACUUAUGAACCAGAGAAGUCUAUUAAGUACAAAAAUCAGCAUGGGCAGGAGAAAGAGAAAAAUUUUAACCUACUAAAUGUAAUUAGAUGGAGAUACACAGACCAGACCUCAGAGCCAUUUGUAGAGACUCCUUCCGUUGUUGAAAUGCGUGAAUCGAUGGGAUACAAAUCUCGGUAUCCUUCUAAACAAAUCGAGACUAACACAAAAGUCGUGGAAUGGUCGGAUGGCACAUUCUCUCUCAUAGUUGGAGACGAGACAUUCGACUUAAACUUUUCUAAAUCUUCCAACUGCCACGUCUACCUUAAGACUGAUGACCUCCUGGUGCACAAAAACCAGGUGGAGAGGAAAUGUCUAGUGAAACCUUCUAAAAUGUCUAAGAGGGCUAUGAAGUCCAUUCUCAAAAACGUGAAUGAGAAAGCAAAGCAGAUGCACUCAGUCGAGAAGACCUUCUCAAUGGUUGAUGACCCUAAGUUCAAGAAGGGCAGACUCAUGGAGAAGAAGGAAGAGAAGGAAAAGACUACCAGGAAGAGAUCCAGAAGGGAUUACCUGAAUUAUGAUUUGGGAUUUGAUGAUUAAGGUAAAAAAGCUUUCAAUUUUU